AUGGAGAGACGUGUCAGGAUAUCGGCGGUCGCGGGCCUGGCGGGUAUCCUGGGGAUCGUGGGCAGUGUGCUCAAUAUCAUUUUCGCAACAAACAUCACGAGUGCUCCGAUUCUCUCAGGCCUUCGAGAUCUACUCUACGUCGCCUUCGUUGUGAGCCUGAUCAAUCUCGCAAGUCUGGCUUAUUUCGGCACGGUGUAUGUGAGGAAGCCACACAGUCCCGCGCAGGGUUCUAAGCCCCAAUCAUGCGCACUCGUUCAUGGCGGGAUGAUUUCGGCAGCAGUCAAUGCUAUCACCUCUGGAAUCACGCUGGUAUGGCUGGCUGUAAGACGAAGCGACCUUCCGACAAAGAUAUUGCGUACCUCUCUCACCACGUUGCUUGGAAUAUGGUUUGCUGUAUGGGCGAUUUCCGCUCUUGUGCAAUUAGGUUUGUAUUUUCUCCUCGCCUCGUGGACCAAGAAUGCCUUGAAGACAGCCCGGGCCGGAAUUCUCGAUAUGAACCUCGGCCUCAGAGCACCAUCCAUGUCCACUUUUAAGAGGCCCAACACUCAACAGACGGAUCGAUCGUUCGCCUCGCAAGAAUUGACUCUGAACUCACCGCCGCGCACCCCUGUCUCUAGAGGAGAGUCUUCGACACGCAGAUCGUCGGCCACAAAAGCGGGAACGGCAUCAUUAAAGACGAAACUGGCGCGACACUCUAGCCGAUCUUCGUUUGAAUGUUCGCCUUUUCCAGCCGGCGAGGCGAUGUCCAUAGAUAGCGCCUUCGAUGGUUGGGACACGUCCUCCGUUCAUCAAGAGAUGCGCGUCGUCAUUCAUUCAUCGCCGCCAGUCGUUCGGGGAGGCCUGGAGACGAUACCGGGCAGUCGACCCGAGUCACCAGCAAAUGCGCUCGAUGGGCCCUUCCUCCCCGAACCACGGUCCCCUACCUCGAGUUCACCGCCGCAUGCCGCAACGUCUGACACUACUACGGCCUUUGGCUGGAGCUCGUCCCCGCGACAGCCAAGAUCCUCACCACCAUCCAGCCCAGUCAAUUUCUCCCGACCUACGUCUCGUCCCACGUCUCGACCUAGUUCGUCACAUGUCGGCAAGCCAUUACCACUACCACCACCACUCCUUAGGCAGGGCACGUUUGACGUUCCCAUGGAGGAAGAGCUAAUACACCCACUAUUCCGACCAAACAGCCCUCGACCACCUCCGAUUGCCAUUGCCGGCACGGUGGUCACGGCGUCGCCCAUGGCAAACACUACCAUCACGCCUCGGACGCUCGCCAGGCUGCGGAGCGACUCGCAUCCGGCGCCCGGACAUUUGAAAGCCAUGCCCAGUAGCACGGACGAGUCCGAGACGGAGAGCGUGGAACAGGUCUUGCCGGAUAGCCCGACGUUGGGCAGUCCAUCACUUGGGAGCCCUGGUCCGUCGAUUGUGGACGAUGCGGACUUGCCACCGAUUCUCCCUGGAUUCGUGCUAUCGGCGGGUUCACGGACCAGCUUGGUGGGGUAUGGAAAGCGGAAGAGCGUCAAGAAGGAUCGACCCAGGUCCCAGGUGUCGACGGGCAGUCGGUUGAGCCAAGUCAUGAUAUGA